CGGCGGGGCGGGUUUAAGAGCGCGGCGUGCGCGCCCGGCCCGCGCCAGCUCCCGGCCGCGGCACAGCAGCCCCGGCGCCCCCCGCGCCGCCGCCCCCGCCCCGCCGUCGCCGCCGCAGCCAGGAGCCAGGAGCCAGGAGCCGCCGCACCAUGCCCCGCAUAGAUGCGGACCUCAAGCUCGACUUCAAGGAUGUCCUGCUCCGACCUAAGCGGAGCAGCCUCAAGAGCCGAGCCGAGGUGGAUCUUGAACGCACCUUCACGUUUCGAAAUUCAAAGCAGACCUACUCAGGGAUUCCCAUUAUCGUGGCCAACAUGGACACUGUGGGCACAUUUGAGAUGGCAGCCGUGAUGUCACAGCACUCCAUGUUUACGGCAAUUCACAAGCAUUACUCCCUGGAUGACUGGAAGCUCUUUGCCACAAAUCACCCAGAAUGCCUGCAGCACGUAGCCGUGAGUUCCGGCAGUGGGCAGAACGAUCUGGAAAAGAUGACCAGCAUCUUGAAAGCUGUGCCACAGGUUAAGUUUAUUUGCCUGGAUGUGGCCAAUGGGUAUUCAGAACAUUUUGUGGAAUUCGUGAAACUCGUCCGUGCCAAAUUUCCUGAACACACCAUUAUGGCAGGGAACGUGGUGACAGGAGAAAUGGUAGAAGAGCUUAUUCUUUCCGGAGCAGAUAUCAUCAAAGUGGGAGUUGGACCAGGUUCUGUGUGCACCACCCGCACCAAGACAGGAGUAGGGUACCCCCAGCUGAGCGCCGUCAUUGAGUGUGCCGACUCCGCCCAUGGCCUGCAGGGCCACAUCAUCUCUGAUGGAGGCUGCACGUGUCCAGGGGAUGUCGCCAAAGCAUUUGGAGCUGGAGCAGAUUUUGUCAUGCUGGGAGGAAUGUUUUCAGGUCAUACGGAGUGUGCUGGAGAAGUGAUUGAGAGGAACGGACGGAAGCUCAAGCUCUUCUACGGGAUGAGCUCUGACACGGCCAUGAAGAAGCACGCGGGAGGAGUGGCUGAGUACAGAGCCUCUGAGGGUAAGACUGUGGAAGUGCCUUACAAAGGAGAUGUGGAAAACACUAUCCUGGAUAUUCUCGGGGGACUGAGGUCCACGUGCACCUACGUGGGGGCCGCCAAACUCAAGGAGCUCAGCAGGAGGGCAACGUUCAUCCGGGUGACCCAGCAGCACAACACCGUGUUCAGCUAACCCCGGAAAUGAAACGGUGUCUGGCUCGAGUGGAAGCAUCCAAACCUGCUUUUCCCAUCUCCCUCCUACUCUGUUCCGUCAGAGCUUCUGGCUGCUCCCGAAUGGUGGAAUGCUGUGUCCUCUCCCCUCUCUCCUGCUGCCUGGCGGCUUCGGGGCUCUCCCGCCUGCCUUCUUGGGGCCCAGACACAAGGCACCGAUUGGGCCAACAUCAGAGCCCUGCUGCCCAGAACUCAUAACCUCGUUCAAACCAACACUCGCACCUUUGUCUUUUUCUCUUUCUCUCUCCCUUUGUUUGUUUUUCUUUAUUUUUUAAAAGAAGAUGGUUUCACUUUAAUAUAAUGCUAUUAAGACUU